UUUAGCUAGGUCCUGGUGGGGGAAGCACCCAAUCCGCGCCCCCGACAUUGUUGCCGAACCGGAGGGGAGCAGAGAAGUUGUCCGUUGAUUGCGGAGAGUCUGGCCGGUGGGAGCGGAGGAGUGGAGCUGCUGCGCUAAUUCCAGAGAGAGAGAGAGAGAGAGAGAGGUUGUUGCUGCUGUAGGGAUGGUGGGAUUAUCUAUUGCAGAGAAGCAUUUUGUACAGGGUGGGAUUGCACAAGACCUACGAACUGAUGGUCGUAAAAGACUGCAUUAUCGACCGAUCUCAGUUGAAACUGGAGUCAUUCCUCAGGCAAAUGGUUCCGCACGAGUUAGAAUGGGUGCAACGGAUGUUAUUGUCAGUGUGAAGGCUGAACUCGGCAAGCCAAGUAUGCUUCAACCCGACAAAGGAAAAGUAGCUAUAUUUGUUGACUGCAGUCCCACAGCUGCCCCGAUGUUUGAGGGGAGAGGAGGUGAAGAGUUGGCAGCAGAACUCUCAGUUUCACUUCAGAGAUGUUUAUUGGGUGGUAAGAGUGGAACAGGAGCGGGAAUCGAUCUCUCCUCUCUGAAGGUUGUGGAAGGGAAGUUGUGUUGGGACGUAUAUAUUGACGGCCUUGUUGUCAGUUCAGAUGGAAAUCUCCUUGAUGCAUUAGGUACUGCUAUCAAGGCUGCUUUGAGCAAUACAGGCAUCCCGAAAGUUGAAGUUGCCCAAGCCAAUGCUUCCAUGGAUGAGCAACCAGAGGUCGAUAUCAGUGACGAGGAGUUUUUGCAGUUCGACACUUCUGGAGUUCCUGUCAUCAUAACUUUAACAAAGGUUGGUAGGCACUACAUUGUGGACGCAACAUCAGAAGAGGAAUCCCAAAUGAAUUCAGCUGUUUCAGUUUCCAUCAACAGGCAUGGGCACGUCUGUGGGCUGACCAAACGCGGGGGUGCAGGCUUAGACCUGAGCGUUGUUCUUGACAUGGUAUCUGUGGCAAAACAUGUACGUCAACAGCUGAUAACAGUGCUUGAUUCAGAGAUUUCCACUGCUGAAGCAUCUGAAGCUGACUCAUAACAUGAUUAGACUUCGAUAUAGCAAUGGAAGCCUUUGUAAUUUUCUGACCAACGAGGCAUGAUCAUGAUCAUCAUAGCCUUAUACCUCAACUAUUCAGGAACCAAACUGGAAAUCUUUGGGCAAAAAGAUGUUAAUUGAUACCUUAUCAAACAAGGUAGAAAUGAUUUUUGCCAUUUCCGUUCUCUUUUGUGAACAGUUGUGAUUUUCCCAUUAAAUCCAUUGAACGGCUGACUGUUUGGAAGACCUGAAAUAGUAGUGUGUGCCAGCUGGUUACUUCAGGCUUAAUUAAUACUUGUUAUCUA